AUGCAUCAUCCUAGGAGUUUCAGCUUUGAUAAGUUAAAGAACAAGGUUACUCACCGUCGACAUUCUAAUGAUUCCUCAAUGAUGGAGCUUGUAAAUAGUCAUUCAGGUAGAAGACAUAGCUCAGAUACGUCUACAUCACUCCAUCAUAAAGUCGAAUUUUUCAAGAGUCUAUCACCACCAAAAGAAUCUUCGCGUUUGAGAUCUACAUCAUUUGCACUUGUCACGCCCGAUCGUGAAAACAAGGAGACGUCAAAUAAAAGCGAUGGUGGCGGCGGUUUCAGUUCUCGAUCACGGUCUAGAUCUAGAUCACGUUCAGUUACACAUGUACAAACUUUAUCCCCAUCUAGCAUUUUCAAACCAAGGACAAAGGAUUUGGUUAAACAGGAAACUGCAUAUGUCAUACUGAAGAAACUACAGAUUAUGUUGAAAGAUUUGGGGUUACAGAAUCCAAUACCUUUAAAGACGUCAACACUGGGUUCAGUAUCUAAAACCAUCAAGGUAUAUGUCGCCAAUUCAAAUGACUGUAUUUAUCUCCCACCAGCGUCGUCGGCAAGUUUUACAUAUGAGGAUGUCGAAAAUGGAGGAGCGAUUUUGACUGAUGAUAUUGAAGAUCCUGGUACUACAAUCCUGGAUAGUGAUACACAAUCUAAUUUGGGCCAUAGUAUAGUUAAUACCCCACGCGACAACACAAGUGAGGACUCGUCCUUGACCCAUAUUGAGGAUCCAGUUGCAAACACAUUAUAUCAAAGAAUGCGUUCGUUGCACAGUCCAAACUAUUUAUGCACCAAGAUUGAUUCUGAACUUCCAAUCCCCCACACUUUUGCAGUUAUAAUAGAAUUGAGUAAAGAUUUGUCAACUGUUAAAGAUUUGAUAUUCAAGUUUCAAUCAGUGACUCAAAUAAUGUGGCCAAUGGGGGAUCCAUACAAGGACCCAUACAAUCGAGCAACUGCAAAGGAAAAAUUUAAAAUCGGAACCAUGCAGUGGAAAACAACUUUGAAUGAUGCGGAUUACUACAUUAGUAGCUCGAACUCGAAUGACGUGAAACUGAAAAACAUUAGCCCCGAGGAUUUGGCGAGGCGGACACGUUCUUACGAGCUAGUUGAUUUUAAAAAGAAAACAUCAAAUUCAGGGGUCAGUGGUGAUGAAAACACCGAAGAGUUGAGUUCAUCUUCAACGUCAAUCAAUACAUUUCCUGGAAGUCCUAUGUUUCAAAACACCGAGCAUAAAGCUGGUCUUUAUGUAUUUUUGUUACCGAUACUCUUGCCAGAGCAUAUACCCGCAAGCAUCGUGUCCAUAAACGGUUCGUUGAUUCACACAUUGCUGGUGAAUUUCAACAAAACCAGUGAUAAAUUGAAUAGAAAGUUAAAGGUUAGCGCAUCAUACAAUGUCCCCAUGGUUCGUACCCCACCAAAUUUUGCUAAUUCAAUAGCCGAUAAGCCCAUUUACGUUAAUCGUGUUUGGAAUGAUGCUGUCCACUACAUGAUUACUUUCCCACGAAAAUAUGUAUCUUUAGGAUCAGAGCAUGUCAUCAAUGUUAAGUUGGUACCUCUAGUGAAGCAUGUUGUUCUCAAAAGAAUUAAAUUCAAUGUGUUGGAAAGAAUAACAUAUGUGUCCAAAAAUCUAUUAAAGGAGUUUGAUUACGAUUCUGAGGAUCCUUACAAUUUGCACCCUAAAUCGAAAGAGAAUAAGGUUCGAGAACGUGUUGUUGCAUUGUGUGAGUUGAAAACCAAGACUAAAAAUUCAUCCAACACUGUGGGCGAUCCUUAUAAGGAAGAAGUGAUUAAAUGCCCUGAAAAUAAUUUACUAUUUUCAUGCUACGAACCUGAAAACGAUUUGAACCCACGCAGGAAUACGAAGAGUAAGGAUAAUGACAAGGACAAGACAAUGAUUGCAUCACCUUUGGAUAUCAAUGUUGCAUUACCAUUCUUGACGACAAAGAGCGACAAAACAUUAUUGACUUCUUCAGGCGUUAGCGAUUUACUGGGAGUUAAUGACGAGUCGUUGUUUAGCCAAAUUCACACAAACAACCAAUCUGCACCUAAGGCUUCCCCUCGUUCACGCCAGGCUUCAGUUGAUGCUGCCAGUAGUCCCACUUCGCCAAUAAUUGGUGCCUUGGAGACUAAUUUGGCUAAUGUGGAUGAAAUUGGUCUUCAUGCUGGUACUUAUACUCGCAAUUCUCGAGCACAACCAAAAACUGGUAAACCACAAGUAUCGAAAUCGAAUUUUCGUUCGCCCAAUACGUCAAACUAUUUAUCGGAUGACAUGUCGUCGAAACACAUGCCCCCAGAAAAUAUCAAGAACGGGUACACGUUGACAACGAGGGCAUUAUACCCAGACUCAAACUAUCGUCAUAUUCAAAUUAGUCAUCGAUUGCAAGUAUGCUUUAGGAUAUCGAAACCUGAUCCCAAGGAUGAUUACAAGAUGCAUCAUUACGAAGUUGUGGUUGACACGCCACUUAUUUUGUUGAGCUCAAAAUGUAACGAAGGAUCAGUGCAAUUACCUCAAUAUGACGAAAUUGAUACAACAACAACCACGGACUUGGGAGUCGUGGACUCUCAACCGCCGGAAAAUGGUCCAAACUACACCAACAAUGGAGUCUCAAUCAAACCAUGGAAUCAAAAUGAAGAUGAUCGAGGAAUUAAUAGUUUUGGUGAUCAGUUGCCAUCGUUUGAAGAGGCAACAUCAGCUCCCAACUCACCAAAAACUAGGUCUGUCUCCAUUGCUGAGGACCCAUUGAGUGAAAUACCAUCUAUUCCUACAGUGUUACCGGAUGAGCCAGCGCCGGCUUAUGAUUAUGAAGAACAAUCACGACAAACGGAAGAAUCUCAAACUCCACUGCUCGACUCUGUCAAUAUUGACGAAAUAGUCAGUGAGGAUUUAUCAAAUACAAAUACAAACUCAACCACCUCGAGUGCCAUGUCUCCCACAAACUCGUCAAUAUAUGCAAUUGGACAAUUGGCGCAACAUCGGAAACCAUCAAUUAAGGAAAGUUUAUCAUUGUCAUUUGCAAGAACGCCAAGUGCUGGAAAAGAUCAGGGUAGUUUACAUUUAACACCACUGGUAAAUGGAACCGUGUCAUCAACAACGUCUUCUUUAGAUGGAGCAAGCUUACGUCUGGCAGGAAGUAGCGGCAGCGCUGGAUCACUCAUGGGAGAGAGCGCACAGGUAAGAGGUGAAAGAAGUGAACAAGGCCAGGAAAGUUACUUUGGAGAAGAAACCAAUGGCGAACUUCGAUCUGGAAACCAUGCUAGAUCUACACCGCCUUCAUCAACGGUGCCAGAUCGUAAUAGCUUAUCGAGCAAUGCUAUUGAAGAGAGUGAGACUGGCGAAGACAACGAUAUUGACGAUGAUGUAGGUGAUGGAGAUGGAGAUAAUGAUGAUGAUGUAUCUCAAGUGUCACCAAAGAAAGUAACUUGUCUCAAUCAAGAUGUCGAGCUGUCUGAUACACUGUCAAUUACGCCUUACGGAAAUUACGCUCAAUUCGAGGACGCUAUUGUCGAUGAUGAAGAUGACGAAGGCAACAUUGACGACCUGGACGAGGAAGAUGAAGAUAGUGAUAUAGAGCAUGAAAAUGGGUCUGAUCCUGAUGAUGACGAUUUGAGCAGUUUGGAGUUGCAAGAGACAACAUUUGAUCAAAGAUUACCACUUUUACGACACAUUAGCACCGAUACUAUACGUACACAAUCAUCGAGCAGACUACCACCUAAUAUGUUGCAUUUAAAUCGAACUAUUUCAAGUAACAAUGCUGCUCGGUAUGGGGGCGGCAACUUUGCAGCUUCAGCUUCACCUUUACCUACCCCACAAGGCACUAAUGUCGUCGCUGUUCAUAGUUAUUUUUCACCUAUGGCGUCUUCCUCAUCGAACCCGAUGAAUAGAAAACCGAGUCGGGAAUGA